GCGGGGCAUGGCGGCGCCCGGCGGAGCGGAGCACCAGGCCCCGCAGGAGGUUGAAACAAGAGAAGAUGAGGAACAAAACAUCAAAUUGGCAGAAAUUUUGGAACUCUUGGUGGCUGCUGGAUAUUUUCGAGCAAGAAUCAAAGGAUUAUCACCCUUUGACAAGGUGGUAGGUGGCAUGACGUGGUGUAUCACUACUUGCAGCUUUGAUAUUGACGUUGAUUUAUUGUUUCAGGAAAACUCUACUAUUGGUCAAAAGAUUGCCUUAACUGAAAAAAUUGUAUCAGUAUUACCAAAAAUGAAGUGUCCUCAUCGUUUGGAACCACAUCAGAUUCAGGGAUUGGAUUUCAUUCAUAUAUUUCCGGUUGUACAGUGGCUGGUGAAACGUGCAAUAGAAACUAGAGAAGAAAUGGGAGACUACAUCCGUUCUUACUCUAUAUCACAGUUUCAGAAAACUCAUAGACUACCAGAGGAUGAUGAAUUUUUGCAAAGAAAAGAGAAGACUAUCAAAACUGUUACCAAUAUCUUUGAAGUUUACAAACCCCAGAGAAAAUACAAACGUCAGGAGGGAGCUGAAGAACUGCUAGAUGAGGAAUCAAAAGUCCAUGCUACGCUUCUGGAAUACGGCAGGAGAUAUGGAUUUAGCAGACAAGCAGGAAAAACAGAACAGACUGAAGAUAAAAAACUUGUGCUACCUCCAGGGCUUGCAGCAGCAGGAAAGGCUGAGGCUGGUGAUGAAGCUGAUCUUCAGGCUGCAGAAGAGCUUCGCAUUAAAACUCUGAUGACUGGAAUGGCAGCAAUGGCAACAGAAGAGGGCAAGUUGACAGCAAGCACAGUAGGCCAGAUUGUCGGACUCCAGUCAGAUGAGAUCAAGCAAAUAGUAUCAGAAUAUGCAGAAAAGCAAUCUGAGCUUUCUGCCGAGGAGCGACCAGAAAGACUCGGAGCUGCCCAACAGCACAGAAGGAAAGUGGCAUCUCUGAAUAAGCAGAUUUUGCAGAAAACCAAAAUCCUGGAAGAACUGCAAGCUACAUGUGCAGAUCUGCAAGCAAAAUAUACUGAAGCCAAGAAGGCAUUAACUGAGGUUAAGAGCUCCAGUGAAAAGCUGGACAAGGAAUUGGCAGCCUUAGAAGAAAUAGAAUCUCAAGCAGAUUCCAGUGUAUUACAGAACCUGCGAGCACUUGUAGCUAUGAAUGAAAGCCUCAAAAGCCAGGAGCAAGAGUUCAAAGCACAUUGUAGGGAAGAAAUGGAGCGUCUUCAACAAAAUAUAGAGAGUUUAAAAGCAGAGACAGUGGAAGACGGGGAAGAGGAGCCUAAUAAGCUUGUAGAUGAGCAGUACCAAACAGAGAAAGAUAAGCUUCAAAAGAUCCGGCUUCUACUGGCCCGAAAAAACAGAGAAAUAGCCAUUUUGCAGCGCAAGAUUGAUGAAGUACCCAGCCGAGCUGAGCUAACGCAGUAUCAGAAAAGAUUUAUUGAACUUUACAGCCAGGUGUCAGCAACUCACAAAGAAACCAAACAGUUCUUUACUCUUUAUAAUACACUGGAUGAUAAGAAAGUAUAUUUGGAGAAGGAGGUUAACCUGCUGAAUUCUAUUCAUGAUAACUUCCAACAAGCAAUGACUUCUUCUGGCUCUCGUGAGCAGUUUUUGCGGCAGAUGGAGCAGAUUGUAGAAGGAAUCAAGCAGAAUCGGAUGAAGAUGGAAAAAAAGAAACAGGAAAACAAAAUGCGAAGAGACCAAUUGAAUGAUGAAUAUUUGGAUCUUCUAGAGCAACAGAGACUUUACUUUAAAACAGUGAAAGAAUUUAAGGAGGAAUGCCGAAAGAACGAAGUGCUGCUGUCCAAGUUGAAAGCGAGUUCUUCCUGAGGGACUCCUGCUCAUGAAGCUAGAAACAGUUGUUCAGUCCCUAAAUUGGAAUYUUUUGUGAAGUGACAAUAACUGCAAUGUAGACGUACAAAUAUAUAUAUGUGUGUAUAUAUUCAUGUAUAUAUACACACCUGUAGAAGUCUGUCUUUUUCCAGUAUGUAUUCUGUUUUACAUUCCUUCAUUUAUUGGCUGUAUGAUUAUUUUCUCCACUACACAGUAAAGAGUUAAUGCAGUACAGAAAAACAGAAGUACUGUCUAACUUUAUUUGGGUGUGGGUUCUUCCACAGUGAGGAUGACGGGAUUUUUUUUUUUAACACUGAAGAAGAUUAAAAAUCUGGAAAAAGUAGAUGUGGACUUGAUUGGUAACAUACUUGCACAUGUAAUUUUCAAAUACUAUAAAAUGAGCACUGAUAAUUUUAGGCAAAAUAAACACAGAAAAUAAUUCCUAAAAGUCUUUYCACUAUCUAAUAACUUGACAUUAUUUAAAUUUAGUUUCUAACAAUAGAUGAGGAAAAAAUAAUUCCUAAUAGUUAAGACUGAAGAAAAUGGAAACUCAACUUGGGUAAUUCCUGGUGUAAAAAUAUAGAUUUAUAUUUUUAUAAAGUCUAGUUGUUGUAUACAUUUUUUUGAAAAUUCAUUUUUAUAUAUACAGAGAGUGAUUGUUAAAUUAAUAGCUUCAGGAAAACACACCUUAAUUAGUAGGACCAUCAUGUGGUCUGGUCUGAGAUGAAAGGCAGUCUGCUUCAGCUGUAACAUAGGAAGAUCAAGGUUCUGCUCAAAUGAACUGCCGCUCAUCUUUGAAGAAAAUGAGUUAUUUAUCCUGGCUGAAGAUUUGCCUUUGAAAGUUUAGAAAAGUCUGUYGAACAUCUCCUGGAACACUUUUAUACUUGUACAUACAGUAUUUUAUAAUUCACAUAGCUGCUUUUUAUACUUAACUUGGACUGGACUUAUGUACAUUAUAUCUUUUUUCAGGAAGAUCAAAAAACAUAUUUCUUCCACCCCUAUUAACAGUGAUGAUCAUGCUGUUAGA